AUGACCCUGAUUAUUGGUCCUCAGAGAAGAGAAGGUGAGAAGGUGAACCCAGUCUCUAAAGGAGUGAAGACCUCACUGACCAUCAAUGCGGGCACUCCUCCACCUGUUCCCCUGAGUGCAAGUAUGUCUCAAGUGCGUCUCCACUCCUCUAAUCCUAACCUAUAUGCGGAGUUGGCUGAUUUUCAAACCCCGGUCCCACGUCUGACUGACAGUAUCGACAGCGCCGGUGACUACAUCAAACUGCAGGAAGAUUUCUGCAUAGUUGCGCAAAAAGUGCACUCUCUUCUGAAGUCUGCCUUCAACACUGUGGCCAUAGAGAAGGAGAAGAUUAAACAGGUGUUGUUGGAACAGGAGCAGACCGGCCAAUCAAAUCAGAUUAUAACCCUCCGUCGCUCCCUAUCACAGGUCUUGUCCCAGAAUGCUGAGCUCAAGACCCGUCUGAACCGGAUCCACUCUGAGUCGGUUCUGUCUGACCAGGCCGUCAGUGUGAACAUCAUCAGCAGUCCUGACGAGGCAGGUGACCCGCUCCAAGUGGGCAUCCCUCUCUCUCAGCAGGUGUCCAAUGAGAGCAGACUCUCCAUGUCAGAGUCAGUGUCUGAGUUCUUUGAUGCUCAAGAGGUGCUUCUGUCCGCCAGUUCAUCAGAGAAUGAGGCCUCUGAUGACGAGUCUUACGUCAGUGAUGUGAGUGAUAACAUUUCAGAGGACAACGCCAGCGUCACAGAUAACGUUUCCAGACAGAUGCCUAAUGGUGAUCUGGCCAGUGGUGCGUUUCGUAACGGUAGACGUACGUGUCUCCCUGCUCCCGCCCCUGACACUUCCAACAUUAACCUGUGGAACAUCCUGAAGAACAACAUCGGGAAAGACCUGUCGAAAGUGUCCAUGCCAGUGGAGCUGAACGAGCCCCUGAACACACUGCAGCACAUGUGUGAGGAGCUGGAGUACACAGAGCUGCUGGAUAAAGCAGCUCAAACCGACGACCCCUAUGAACGCAUGGCAAUCGUUGCAGCGUUUGCAGUUUCAGGAUAUUCCUCCACCUAUUAUAGAGCAGGCAGUAAACCCUUUAACCCCCUUCUGGGGGAAACGUAUGAAUGUAUCCGUGAAGACAAAGGAUUCUGCUUUUUUUCUGAACAGGUGAGCCAUCAUCCGCCCAUCUCCGCUUGUCACUGUGAGUCACAGAACUUCACCUUCUGGCAAGACGUCAGAUGGAAGAAUAAGUUUUGGGGAAAGUCUAUGGAGAUUCUUCCCAUCGGAACAGUGAAUGUCAUGCUGCCCAGUUUUGGUGAUCACUAUGAAUGGAACAAAGUGACGACGUGCAUCCACAACAUUCUGAGCGGGAGGCGAUGGAUUGAACAUUACGGCGAGGUCACGAUCAGAAACACCCGCAACACUACCUGCAUCUGCAAACUCACCUUUGUUAAGGGAAACUACUGGAGCUCGAAUGUGAAUGAGGUGCAAGGAUCAGUGAUGGACCAGGAGGGAAAAGUCAUUCACAGACUGUUUGGGAAAUGGCAUGAGGGUCUGUACUGUGGAGUCCCACCUUCAGCCAAAUGCAUCUGGAGACCAGCAUCUUUAUCGUUUGGUUUCUUCAUAGAUCUGAGCAUUCGCCUCUCUCGUAAACACUAUAUGUAUCUGGAGGAAGGAAAUGUCCAGAUGGCAUCAGCUGAGAAACAAAGAAUCGAAGAGCAGCAGAGAAACAGGAGGAAGUGGCUGGAGGAGAACAACAUCAAACACCAGCCGCGAUUCUUUAAGAAGGUUAUGGACCGUAACCAGAGGGAGAGAUGGGUGUCUAACAACACGUACUGGGAACUGCGCAAGGACCCUGGCUUCCUCAAACUAGAAAGCCCUGAGCUGUGGUAGAUCCAGAUACCUGUGCUGAUGACGCCUUCACUGCUGACUGCAGAUGCUUACUAUGCAGAACAGGAGCAGCCUGGGACUUCCCUCUAGAUUUGGAUUUUAUCUCCAGUAACAGACUGAGAAAAACAACAACAAACACUCUCUCCUCAUCACUUCGGCAGGCUCCGCCUCCAUAGUCUCCCUCUCCAUAGUAACAGAGAGACAGUGCUGUUGUCAGGGCAAAAGUGAGAGCUGUAGAGCUGUCCACAUGAAGCCGGUCGUGCUUCCUGUUAAGUCCUUGCCUUAAGAAUUCGCUUCUCAACAACGUUUUACGCUUUUAGUGAAAUUCCCUCAACUUCUUGGUUUAGAUGGACUGAAUUUGCUCUUAAUUACAUUCUGCAUGUGUAGAUGGCAGCUUUCAUCGCCAAUGUGCUACACGAACUCAUCGAAACUACAUUUAGACAAUUUUAGUGGUAUUUUUGUAAACGACCAAAAGAAGGGAAUUGCUUUGGCAGUUAAAGCUGUGCCGUGACUCAAUCUGUCCCUCUUCAUAUUUGACGGCAGCCAUCAGAGGGGCGGCUCAGUGUGCUGAACAUGUGACGGUUUUAUAAUUGUGCGCUCCACCUUUCAAACCCUGAAAGAGAGUUCCUGGACCCAACCUGCAACACUGUGCAGCAAGACCACAAAAGACACCCCAGGACUCAGACUCCUGAAUCUCUGUAGCUGCAACUGUACAUUAGCGCUCUUAAUUUAAAGCAGAAGUGUGACAUUUAUGCUCCUCUAAUUGCACCAAAUCAAAUUCAAGAAAUUAUUUUUUCCAAGCAGGUUCUACAAGCACUCGCCACCUUCAGAAAAACUAGUCAGUGCCCUGCGAAACAGAUUAUUACAGCUAGUUUUUGCCCUGAAGUCAUGCCAUUGGUUGAGCCAGAAGUCAGACGCUCACUGCAUUUAAAGGGAUAGUU